UGAUGAUGUCAUUAAGCUUUUACAAUAAGGAAUGAUUGCAUCGGCUGCCACUCAGAAACUAGUGGAGAAAAACGAGUACAAAGUUUAAGCUCAUACACGUUAGAAAAUUAUCGACCAAAAGCAUCAUCUUCUUCAAGGAACACGAACACAAAUCGCUCUGACGAUAAUGAUCCGGAAAGCGAACGAACCCUUGGCUCAGAUGGCGGCCACUGACAAACUAGUGGAGAAAUACGGUAUAUUCGAUAUGAGAGGCUCUUCGUACGGACUAAGAAAAACCAAAUGUACUAAAGAUCAUCCUUGUUCUCACUUAGUCACCCUGUAUGCUAAGAUGGGCCUUCAUCGUUACAAUUUGCUCAAGGGUACAAAGUUUCAGCUCAAACACGUAAAGAAGUACAUUGUCACAACGGGUUCUGCUGCUCCCUCUUAUUACAUGACUUCGGUUGGAAUUGACGACACAGCUGGAGCUGGUGGUGGAUCUUCUUCGCUUCAAACGUUUCAGACUCAAGUAUCUCAACAAGGUCGCGGCAAAUUUAUUCUGACUUGCGAUAUUGCAAGAAUUCGAGGGGAAACAAGGAAUGAUAAUGAAUCGAUGAUCAUUGAUAUUGACUUGCCUGAAUGGCCAGCAGAGAAUCCUUUUGAAAAAUAUUGCAUGGUGAAAUCAGAGCUGCAAGACAAUGAUGAUUGGAUUCGUCUUUAUUUGGAACUUGGUGUUGCCAUAAAUGAACCUAGGCGUGGUCUCUUUAACUUGGAGAUUGUGAAAGUGGCUACAGAUGUGGAUGAAGGGAUCAAUGCCAAAAAUGCAACCUUCUACAUAAGGUACAAGGACUUGUCCAAGGCUGAGGAUUCUGACUGCAUUGCUAUAGUAAGAAGAAGCUUCGAUGAGGAUACUGAAUGUUUCAUUCUUGCUGGUAAGAGUCAUCCAAGUUCAGAACUUAUACCAAAGAAGCGUAAGAUUGUUGGUGAGGACAAACUGUCUGCGGAGAAUAAAAGGAUUAAUACCGGACUUGGUGAGGAUGAUGGAGCGGAAAAUCAGAAGAUUGUCAACUAGAGUGGCUUGGAUCGUUACAACACAAGAUCCGUUUUGAAAGUUAAGUCGCUACUGUUAAUGCUGGAUUAAGUUACUUGGAUUGUCAAGUAGA